AUGACGUCUCAAGCAAUUCAGUUGAUAGACGUUAACAAAGAAUACAAUAAGGAGAGUCUUGAGUAUUUCAAGCAAUGUGUUGGCACUAGGGAUGUUGGGUUUAACUACCAUGUAAUUUCAGUGUUUGGAUCUCAAUCGAGUGGUAAGUCGACUCUGUUAAAUAUACUUUUCAAUACUCAGUUUGACACUAUGGAUGCGCAGGUUAAGAGACAGCAGACCACUAAGGGUAUUUGGCUUGCACAUACGCAGAAUGUCAAUAACCACAAGUCCACCACUGAUACUGAUUCUGACUAUUUCAUAUUGGAUGUGGAAGGUUCUGAUGGUGCCGAAAGAGGUGAGGAUCAGGAUUUUGAAAGGAAAGCGGCGCUAUUCGCCAUCUCUGUAUCUGAAGUUCUGAUUGUAAAUAUGUGGGAACAGCAAAUUGGUCUAUACCAAGGCAAUAACAUGGGUCUCCUGAAGACUGUUUUUGAGGUCAACCUAUCGUUAUUUGGCAAGCGUGGUAAUGACCACAAAGUUUUACUAUUGUUUGUCAUAAGAGACCAUGUUGGUGUCACACCAUUGAAGAGCUUACAAGAAUCUUUGAUCACUGAACUAGAACAAAUUUGGAGUGAACUGAAUAAACCUACUGGAUGUGAGGAAACUACGUUAUACGAUUUCUUUGAUCUGGAGUUUAAAGGUUUGGGCCAUAAGUUGCUACAGGAAGAGCAAUUUUAUGAUGACGUCAAGUCUUUAGGUGAUUCUUUUAUUGAUUCCGAAUCUAAUGAGUAUCUCUUGAAACCAAAUUACCACCACAAGUUACCUAUUGAUGGUUGGAACAUGUAUGCCGAACAGUGCUGGGAGCAAAUAGAAAAUAACAGGGAUUUGGAUUUACCAACACAACAAAUACUGGUAGCCAGAUUUAAAACUGAAGAUAUUGCAAAUGAGGCAUAUGCUAAGUUUACAGAGGAAUAUGAAACAGAGACUGAGAAACGCAUCAAUGAUAAAACUGAGCUAGUUUCGUAUUUGAAGAAAAUAAAGGAUGAGUGCUUGGGAGAAUAUGAUGAGCAUGCUUCAAGAUAUGCGAAAGCUGUUUACGAAGAGAAGAGAAUCGAGCUUGUUGAUAAAGUGAACGAAAGGCUUUUCACAACUGCAUCGAAAUACUUGGAUAUGCUAACUGCAGUAUUGCUCACUAAAUUGGAGAAUGGUAUGAAAGAAAAAGAAAACAUAAAGCUUCCAUUUGAAGACAGGUAUUUAAAGCUAUUCAAAGACAUUGAGGCUGAGUUUGAUGCGGCUAUAACUGAAUUUUUUUCAAAGGAUCUUUUAACUAAAAUUAAAGACUUUGAAUUAAAAUUUGCCGCAGAUGUUCACGAAAAGAAAUUGCAGUUAAGAGAGUCAGAACUGAACGCACUUCUUUCGAAAAUAAAGAAGCAACUUACUUUAAGGAUAAAGGAUGAAGAAAUUGAAUUAUUAUCGAAACCUACUCCUGAUCUGUGGGACAAAGUUACUGACACUUUUGAAAAUAUUAUGAAGAAGACCUUAUCUAGGUUUGCUACUGGUGAAGGAGAAUAUGAGUUCAAAAUGGGUUUGUCAGAAGAUGAAAACAAGAAGCAAUACCAUGCUAUAAGAGCAUUUGCAUGGACGUUGCUAGAAACUGUUGUACAUGAUUAUUUGAAGGAAGAUACUAUUGUUAGUCUUCUCAGAGAUAGAUUUGAAUCCAAGUUCAGAUAUGAUUCUAAUGAUGUUCCUAGGUUAUGGAAGAACGAAGAUGAGAUUGAUCAAUCCUUCAGAGUAGCCAAAGAGCAUGCAUUAGAGAUACUAGAUAUCUUAACUCUUGCUGUUAAGACUGAUGGUACUGAAGUUAUCCCUGAUGCAUUUGAAGAUGAGCCAAACGAAGGUUUGAUUUAUGAUGACAGCCACGAUGUUUAUCACAGUAAUCGAUUUGCUCAUAUUCUUAAUGAAACGCAAAAGGAAAAGGUACAACAACAGUUUAGAAGACAAAUAAACGUUACUGUAUUAGAUUGCAAGAGAUCAAUUGUAACUUCUUCUACUCAUAUUCCUAUAUGGAUUUAUGCUGUUAUAGUAGUGUUGGGAUGGAAUGAAUUCAUGAUUGUCAUUAGGAAUCCAUUAUUUGUCACUCUUGCCUUGCUGUCCAUAGUGUCAUUUUAUUUCAUUCAAAAAUUUGGUUUGUGGGGUCCAGUAAUGAAUGUGGUUAACACUGCAUUAGGAGAGAGCAGAACCACUAUUAAGGAAAAACUAAGACAAUUUGUUCUUGAAGAGCAUGAAUUGAAGAAAACCGCGAAAGUUGAGGAGGAGAUAGAAUUACAAGAUUUGAGUAAAAACAGUUCUAGUUCAGGGAACGAGGACUCUGACUAA